AUGGCAGACGGCCUUGGGAAUGGGGAACCCGAUUGGACAGGUGGUGGGAGCGUUACUGAUUGGGUUUCCGAUGGAGUGGUAUGGGAGGAAAUGGACAUAUAUGGCAUGUGUAUCCGGUACUGCAGCAUUUAUCUUCAUGCAAUUCUUCGCGCGCUCUCUCCCUGUUCUUCUCGUUGGGGAACUUAUCGGCGGUCUCAUCCUAGGCACAUAUACUACCAUUGCCCCAACCUACGCAUCGGAGGUAUGUCCAUAGCGCUUCGCGGUCAUCUAACUUCCUAUGUUAACCUUUGUUUUGUGAUGGGUCAACUCAUCGCAAAUGGGGUUAUUGCUGGAACGUCUCGUCUCGACAAUCAUUGGGCAUAUAGUGCUCCCUUUGCAAUUCAAUGGCUUUGGCCUCUUAUCAUCUUGAUUGGAAUUCCUUUCGCGCCUGAAUCACCCUGGUGGUUAGUCAGGAAGGAUAGACUUGAAGAUGCAGAGAAAUCGCUGGAUAGACUGUCAUCGAAGGAAAUUAAUAAUAAAUUGGUUCUGGCGAUGAUGAUUGAGACGGAUAGGUUGGAGUUGGAGAUGGAGACGGGAACAACUUAUUGGGAUGUUUUUAACAAGACUAAUAUCAGGAGAACGGAGAUUGCAAUUGCGGUUUUUGUGACGCAGGUUUUCAGUGGGAUAUAUCUGGUGGGUUAUGCGGCCUAUUUCUUUCAACUUGCCGGUCUUGCUGGAUCCAAAGCAUUUGAUAUGAGCGUCGGAUUUUUAGCUGUUGGCUUCGUAGGAACCCUUUUAUCAUGGAUUCUGAUAUCAAAAUUCGGUCGACGACGCAUCUACAACAUCGGACUUGCGAUGCUUACAACUAUUAUGUUUCUUAUUGGGAUUCUGGAUUGUGUACCAAAUUAUGUGAAUCGUCCAGGUGUCAUCUGGGCACAAUCGACGCUCAUGAUCGUUUGGAAUGGUAUCUUUGAUCUUAGUGUUGGCCCCGUUUGCUACACGAUUUUCUGUGAGGUAUCAGCGACUAAAGUUCGUUCGAAAACUAUUGCUGUGGCUACGGCAAUGCAAGCACUUGUUGGGAUAGUUAUGACGGUUGCCAUUCCUUAUAUGAUUAAUCCGGAUCAAGCGAAUUGGAGAGGAAAGAUUGGAUUUUUCUAUGGUGAGUGA